AUGGAGGGGACCAACGUCGGAGCAACGAUGAUCGCCCGUCGGACAUGCUCGGGAGACUCCCGGGACAGCUGCUGCAUAAACAUUUACAUCAGCAACAACGUUCAAGGGGUGAACAACUCCAUCCUGGUCGGGAGCAACGUCAAACUGAGAGAUCCCGGGGUCAGCUUCUCCCUGGAUGGCUUAACUUUCCAGACUGAAUCUCCGCAAAGAAAGAACAGACUAAGUGACACAGCUGUGGCAUUCUCCGUGAUUUUGCUUUCUGCAGCUUUGAUCAUCUCCCUGUUCUUGUCCCUGUUUCUUUAG